CUUUAAAGUUACGUGGGAAGCAUUUUGGCCGAAACAUGCUCCUUCCGUGCUGGAUUGAGAUCACACAGUCCUCCGGAUGCUAUUUUAUUCAGUCGCCCUUUCCGCAGAGAACAAGUCUACCUACGUAUGAUCAUCAUCCUCAAACCAGAAACCCGCUUACUCUUCUGCUCCUCAAACGUGUUGGUAUCUCGGAGACUCGAGGCGGCCACUUCGAUUCGCUCCUCUGCGAUCCAAACCCGAUCAUCCCAAACCAUGGAGAGCAAGCGUACGCAUACUCAGAUGAGCGACUUGGUCAUCGGAAAUUGGGCCCUCAGAUGGGUGUGUCUCGCACUCCUAGUCCUCGCCGUCAUCUACCCAACAGCCACCAUGCUCGAAUCCCGCAGAGCCUCUUCCUCUUGCAACACCACUCAGUCUAUCGACAGUAACUUGUAUUACGCUACUUCUGUCGACCAUCACUAUGAUACCACCACCACCGUCGAGCAGGUACCAGCGGCUAACAUCCUAGCCAAAGCUGCAAAUCUGCUCUUUCAUCCUUAUCCAUCUCAACACGUGGUUUCUCCCACGGUGAACCAUUGUGGUUCUAUACGGCCUUCUCCUCAAGAUCUUGGACAGAAAGAUGGCCUGAAUACAGGUUCAAAGAGUUUCAACUCCCUCAAUUCUGAUGAUAAUCCUGUUUUGGAAAAUAAUUUUCUUCUGCCUGUGAGCUAUCGCCGACGUAGAGGGUGUACUAAUGGCCUAUGCUUCACUAAACCUUCCAACAUAAACCACCAACUUGAGGUGGCACCGAGAAGCGAGGGUUCCGUAGGCAAUCUUGAAGAGUCAAUUGUUAAGCUGGAACAUUCUACCAUCACCGUCUCUGAUGACCUGCAUGAGGGCCAAACCCAUCAAUGCCAUGGAUGCAUCGAUGCUCGAGCGGGUCCACAAGAGACCAAUAUAUCUCAUAACACGUAUACAAAGCCACCUUUCCCUCGCAACAUACUUCCUGCUCGUUGGGAAACCAGUUGCCGCAACCUUACUGGCUAUGCUCUUUCGCGGUGCAAAGAGGAUGUCAAGAUGCGAACUAGUCUCUUUGGUGUUUUGGCUUCGAUAUUCGGACUCACUGUUAUUUGUUUAUUAUCGUUUGCCAUGAUCAGCUGCGUUCGUCGGCAAACAGGCUCGGCUUCAGCUCCAACGUGGACAACGAAAUGCCCUUAUUACUUUAAUAAAAGUUCAACUAUUCGCCGCGGCACUGCUCGAAAACUCUUUGACAGAGAGGAUGCUGUCGAGGCAGAGGAGCAGGGGUUACCUAGCCAAUGCAUAACUGCCACUCUUGACGGAGGAUUGAUGCACCGUUUGUGCCCGGGACGAGUCACUCUGGUAUGCAAUCUGGUUGUUUCAAAAAUCGUUAUACUGAUAUUCUUUCUAGCAACGAGUGUAUGAUGACUCUCUGCAUAAUU